AAGAACAAUGUUGGCACUGAAAACUAUACGCUGGUAGAACUUGAGCUUAUCGAAAUCUUCACAUUAGGUUUACAUAUAGAUACGCGUAAAUUAAGCAAGACUUGAACGAAAAGCGUAACUCUCGAAGUGAAUUGUUUUAUUGAAGUUUGCUCGUCACUUCCAGUUGAUUUCGGACUCUCAACGGAGAGGGCGCUGUUCAGGCCGCAGCAUUUCCUGUCAUGUGAAAACAGAUUCCGCUGUGUUAGAAGGAGUCUGAAGUCUUGACAUAAAAUCAGCAGCAGGUAUAGGGAUAUGAAAAGGUGAUGUGAGAGAAGACCGCACAUCAAAGGUGAAGACCAUAAUAGUUUCUCUUGGACUUGUCUAUGGCCAGACAAUCCUGGCUAGAGUCUUCCCUGCGGCACUCUGCUAAUCUGGGCCUAGAAGUACUGGAGCGGGCCUCCAGGCGCAGCAUAGACUGGACCAACACUGGUGCAUUCCGCAAUUUAAAUACUCCAAAUAAAGACUCACACAAUCAUACAAAGAGAUACUACACAGAGUAUAGCGAUCCUUUUGCAAACAUGGCUUCCCUCAUGGCCCAGACCACCCAUCAGUGUAAGAAGUUUUAUGACUCAGGUUGUUGCACUGCACCUACCAAUUUUGAGAGGAAACACUUGGCCAGGUUCCACUCGAAACAUGCUCCAGUAAAAAUGAGGCCUACUGUGCCAACCAAGAAACAGGUCAGUUUUUCAGAAGGGGAUGAUGAUUUCUAUGUUGAGGUUUCACCUGGAACAUAUGCCAUCACUGCCAGCACGCAGGAGUCACAGCCACAGACUCAACUGAUCAGUGUCAGUGCAGGAGAAAGUAUCAACAUCACCUUCAACCUCUGACAAGACCAGAUAGAAGAGACCAGUGUUUGAAUGUGUGACUGUAUUUUAUUGAUCUUCUUAUACUGCGUUUACAUUUUUUUACCAAAGUUUUUACAAAGAGAAGCCAUAUACUUUUAAAUUACCUAUAUCUAAAAUGUUGGAUUUUGUGGACUUUAGGUCCUCACACUUUUACAUACUAGUGUUUUAAGAGCAUUUUAAUCAUGUCUUUUGAAUAAAGAUGUAUUUUUCUAA